GGCGUUCAGACGGUGGAAAAGCGCGUUCCCGAGAGUUGCCGCGAGAUCUGCAUCGCCUCAGGAAGUCUCUGCACUUACGCUGCGUUUUCUUUUCCCCUCCUCAAUUCUAGAAAGUUUGUCCUGUCCUGACUUGACCGGGUUUUUGCCUCCGUGAUUCUCUAGGUCUUACUUUCAAACCUUUAGAGUUUUUUUUUUUCCGCGUCGGUAAAACUGCGAAAAUGACCAAGCCGAGUAGUUUCUGCGCUCCGUUGCUGCUGUUUUUGGUCUGGAGGGCGGGUGAGGUAGCAGAAGCCUGCAGCUGUUCUCCUAAACAUCCUCAACAGGCUUACUGCAACGCCGAUGUCGUUCUCAAAGCCAAAGUGGCUGGACGGCAAGAAAUUGUCACAGGCAACGACGUCUAUGGCAAUCCAAUCAAGAGGAUCCAGUAUGACAUUAAACAGAUGAAGAUGUUCAAGGGACCAAACAGCGAGAUCGACGCCAUCUUCACUGGCCCUUCUUCUGCUGUGUGCGGCGUCAACCUGGACAUCAAUGACAAAAAGGAGUACCUGAUCACAGGUAAACUGGAGUCUGAUGGCACGGUGCAUGUGACACUGUGCGACUUCAUUCAGCCAUGGGAGUCCCUGACCAUGGCUCAGAAGAAGGGCAUGGACUCGCGUUACGAGAUGGGUUGUGACUGCAGGAUUAUCCACUGUGCCUCUGUCCCCUGUGCGAUCAGUGACCCUGCUGAGUGUCUAUGGACCGACUGGCUCAUGGAGAACUCCGUGCAGGGUCCCCAAGCUCGGCACUACACCUGCAUAAAGAGGAAUGACAAUUCCUGCGCUUGGUACCGUGGAUCCGCUGCACCAAAGAAAGAGUUCAUGGACAUUGAAGAUCCAUAAACCUGCGGUCUCCUGGCUUUACAGCCACCCCCAACCCCCCACUCCACCCCUUAGAAAAUCUCCCUAACAAUUCUAUGGAAAUAAUCACACCGUUCUUCAAUUGCAUACUGUGCUUUAUAACAUGAUUCUGGUGAUGCAGCAAUGUUGAUGAAUAUGGCAGAGAUAACGUUCUCUGUGUUUUGUUUUGUUUUUUUGUAAAAAGCACUUUGAGUCCCCAAUAGCACCUAGAUGCGACCAUGCUGUUUAGGAAAAAAAAUGUUUACUGCUUUUAUUACCACUGUUUUAGGUUUUUGGUUGGGAUUUAGAUGACUAAAAUAUAGGAGAUUAUAUUGACUUUUUUUUUUUUUUUUUUUUUUUUUUUUUUGUU